GUCCAAUCUUAAUCGACAGUCAGUGCCGUGAAAAAUCACACACAACAUCAUUUCGUGUAACAAAUUACGGUUCAAUAAAAAAAGUUUUAAAUAAAAAAAAAAAAUUUGAAAUUCGAAUGUCAUACGAAUAUACCGCGAAAAUCACGGUGAUAAAGAUGGCGGAAAAUGGUAACGUUUAUAAAAAAAGUUUUAACGGCACAUGUACUUUGGGUGUGAACAAACGGACGACCGGUUCCAUUGCUAAAAAAGCUGAAGCAUACUUAAACGCAGUCAAAGAAAGUUUAGGACCACCAGUGGCAAAGGUUCAGCAAAGACCGAGUAUACCGAAGUUGGAGGUGGUGCAGAGGGUGGCUGCCAUACCCAUCGUGGGUUCUGGCAUCGAAGUCACCGAGAAAGUCUACCACAGGAUCAGGGAGUCAAACCCGCUGAUCCGUUGGUAUUUGUCGCUGGGUGAGAAGUCGUUGGCGACAGGCGUGCAGCUGGCACUACCAGCUGUGCUGUUGUUUGAGACUCCCAUUCACCAGCUCGACAAGUUCCUCUGCAAAUCACUAGAUGUCGUUGAGAAGACCGUGCCUUCCAUCAAUCUACCACCACAAGCUAUGUACUCCGAGACCCGUCGGUUCGUUGUACGUCGAGCGGACUCGGUGAAGCAGUUGGGGACAGCAGUGCUGGACUCCAGGGUCACUGCCGUCACCGUCACAGCACUAGACCGGGCGCUGACCACGGCCGACAAGUAUGUCGACAAGUACUUGCCCCCUGACCAACAGGAUGCUUCGGAUGUGGUGAUCAUAGUGACGAGCGCGGACGAGGUGGAUGGCGGCGACAGCGGGCGCGCGCGCGCAGCGCAGGCCGUGCAACAUGGCGCGCGCCUCGGCAGGAAGCUGCAGCGACGGCUCACCAGGCAGGCACUCGCCGAGGCCAAAGCUAUUAAGGAACAAAUCCAUGUCCUCGUUUAUGUUGCUGAAUUGAUAGCCACAGAUCCUGUUUUGGCCUGGCAGAAGGCUAAGGAGCUUUUCGCAGAGCUGAGUCAACCGGAGCCAGAGAACCAAGCCCGACCUGCUACUUUGGAAGAACUGGUCGUCCUACUGACCAGGGAGACUGCCAGGAAGAUGGUGCAUCUCAUCCACUACACUCACACUGAUCUACCCAAGAACGUCCGUCAAGGCAUGGCACUGAUUACGAAGACUUUGAACACCGCAACCGAUGCACUGAUGAAGACCAUGCCCGUGGAGACAGCAAUGUCUGAAGUAAAGGAAUGGCGCAGCAAGCUGGAGACACUCCUGCAACACCUGCAGAGUGCUUCUAAAACCUAUCUGGAGCACUUGGCGAUCUUCCUUGCCGGCAAUGAAGAACGCGAGAAGAUCGCUCCGCGUUCAACGUAUGAACAACGAGAUGCCUUAGCAGCCCUUAAUGGCCUCAACUGAUGAACUAUUUCAUUAAUUUAAAUAAGUUAUUAAUACCCAGAGCCGGAUUAAACAUGGCCUCUAUGCAGGGGCCCCCUUAGCAUAGAGGCUCGUCGAUCAGACGUCAUUGAUACAAAAAUAUAUGUUUUUACGUUUACAGGACCCACUUUUGCAGGGGCCCGUAGUACCUAUUUGUUACUUUUACUGUUGUUACUUUCCGAAUUGAACAUGUGCAGGGCCCAUAGCAAAGUAAAGAUUGGACUUGUUUUCUACAGCUAAAAUCAAGGUCUCGGCCUUACACUACAUGGCCUCCUUUUGCGUGGCCCCGCAGCAUUUGCUACUCUUUCUGUUGAAUUCCUAAUCCGGUACUGGCAAUGUCUAUUGUUUAUGUUAAACCUUAUUGUACCAUAUUUAUACACUAUACAUAUUAAUACACUAUUGACACUAUUCAUAAAAAACUCGUAAAAGUCGCGUUUAGGUUUAGAAUUAAAUAAAUAUUGUCAUGUAAUAUUUGCUCAAAAGCAUCUAAGUUAAGUUGGGACAUAUUUUCGACUGAGAAUUACUUUUAAUUUUUCUUUUAAAUCCAUCCUCGAUUUCACUAACUAUACGACAUAAUCAUCUCGAAUAAAUCGAAUAAUAAUUAAGUAUAAUAAUAUUU